CUAGAGCCGUCACCCCUUCCGCUGCAUCCGACCGAAAACCCUGGCUCCGCUACAGGAUGUGUCUUGAAUCCUCCACCCAGUGGCCUCCAUAGAGCAUCACCUACCAAAGGAUCCCAUCGCCCUAGAUCUUCCGGUAUAGCCCAAGGAAAGCUCAAUGCUGUGUCGAUCAUGGCACCUUCACCACCCAUGUUUCCGACUGAUUCUCCCAUCAAACGAACUACAUAUGGGAACCCUCACCGACGCAGUCCUUCAAUGCCGCUGCAAGCAGCUUUCACCACCUUCCCCAGUAUUCCCACAACAUUCGAACCGCGCUUCAACACCAUGGUGAACAACGAUGGAUUCGCUGACUUUCCCGACCCGACAUGCCAUGUCACGUCUUUGAAAAGAUCUUUCAUAGAGACACCUCCUUUAAAGGACCGUUCUGCAAAGAAACAGAAACGGGAAGACUCGGUCACUUUCUCGCUCCCGGAACCUGAUGAGAUGCCGCCUAUAGAAGACGAUGGCUCGAAGCCCCCGUACAGUUAUGCAACAUUGAUUGGCAUGGCUAUAUUACGCGCAUCUGGACGGAGGUUGACCCUGGCCCAGAUUUACAAAUGGAUUUCGGACACCUUUUCGUUUUAUCGUUCUGGGGACUCGGGAUGGCAGAACAGUAUUCGCCAUAAUCUCAGUCUGAACAAGGCUUUCAAAAAACAAGAACGUCCUAAGGAUGAUCCUGGGAAAGGAAAUUACUGGGCGAUCGAACCGGGGAUGGAGGCUCAAUUCCUGAAAGACAAGCCUGUUCGCCGAGCAACCCUGGCUAGCAUUCCCUUGCCUCCGACAAUUCUUCAAAGAGAUGCUCCUCAAUUCGCUCCUAAUGCCGGUACAGCAAUGUGGAGGGUCCCUCCUCACCCAUCUUCAUCUAUGCAAGUAGCAGAAGUGUCCAAGGCUGAUGAUCUGUCAUCUGAUGCUACGAUACCAGCCUCUGACCCGGCUCUCCAAGAUGACCUUAAUGAUGAAGAGACGCGUGCUCCAAUGGCCCACACUGCUGCCCCUCGUUCUUCCCCCCCGCAAGUGAUACACUCAUCUCCCCCCGUUGCCCCGUCUCGUUUCUUACGACAAGGCACACCACCAUCCCCCUCUCAUGCUACUUUGUCCACUGCCGUUCCACGCUCGCGCAAACAACCAUCUGCUCCCACAGUCAAUGACAGUGGAUAUUAUUCAUCUAUUGAAUCAUCAGCGAUGAGGUCCAACAAGGCGGGUCAUAUAUUGACCUCUGAUCUCGAUAUAGAACCGCCACGCAUCAAGCGCGGCCGUGCGGAGGAGGAAAUCGCUCGAAUUCGAAGCUCGUCCCAUGAUAUUAGCCCUAGUCAUUCGAAGAUCAUCAAGAAGGAUCCAGGAUCAAUGAUUGGGUCUUCCCCUUUCCGAGGCAGCAAUUGUCUCAGUUUUCUACCUCCGCCCUUAACACCAGCUAUCAACUUCAAAAAACCUCUCAGACCACCGCCGUCUCUAUCGCCUAAUACCAACCUUCGAAACCACCGACGAAAGAUUCAGCAGAUGGUGAACUCUCCGAUCAAACAUCUUGGUUUGACAGAAGACGAUGUUCCAUGGAGCCCAUCGUUCACUAUACAUGACGACACGGCUACUCCAAAUGAAAAUCUACAAUUACACUUUGACAUAUUCGCUGAUGCUACCACGGACCUUACUGCUACACCACCCUACAAAUCUCCUGAUAAACGCUUCCUCAGAUCUUCUUUAGACGAUACAAACACUGUAGCCGCCUCUCCACUUGCAGAUAUUACAUCUACAAGCGCUAAUAAACGCAGUCGGGCACUUGGCGGUCAUGGAAAAGGCUUUGAUUUUCAAGGCUCCCCGUCCAAAGCCCCUUCCUCGACAAGAUUUCUAGAUGCAACGGACGAGGACUUCUUCGAGUUCGGGCUGUUCGAAGGCAGCGAUGAUGUUAAUGGAAUCGACCUUCUUCAAGGAUUCAAAAAGAUCGGCGGCAAUACCAAAGACCCCCUUGGAACUAAAGAAGCUGGUCUGAGGCCGCCUCUCAAUCAUCGCAACCACACAUCAUUCUUCUAA